AUCAUGUACACAGUGUGUAGGCCAAUCAUGGGCGAGGUUGUUCAUUUUCCUUAUCAGUAAUUUUUCAAUCAUGAUUUAAGUGAUAGUAUUAGUGUGUGAUGGAGUGGCAGUGGUUAAAGGACUGGUGGCGCCUCAAAAGAUGGAGGAACAAAAAAAAGAAGGAGCAAAGUGAUGACGAGUUUUGUUAUUGUGACGAAUGCUUGCCAGAUGGCGAGUUGGAUCUGUGCGACUCGUUGGAUCCGCACUGCGAUGGCGGCAAAAAGGUGGUGGUCGGCGUCUGCGCCAUGGCCAAGAAGUCGCAGUCGAAACCCAUGAAGGAGAUCCUCACCCGCCUCGACGAGUUCGAGUACAUCAAGAUGCUCGUCUUCCCAGAGGAGGUUAUCCUUAAGAAACCAGUGGAAGAAUGGCCAAUUUGUGACUGUCUAAUCUCAUUUCACUCAAAAGGCUUCCCCUUAGACAAAGCCAUUCAAUAUGAGAAGUUAAGGAAGCCCUAUGUAAUAAACAAUCUUCACAUGCAGUAUGAUAUACAGGAUCGUAGGAAAGUUUAUGCAAUAUUGGAGAAUGAGGGUAUAGAAAUUCCGCGAUACGCGGUUUUAGAUAGAGAUUCGCCAGAUCCAAAACAUCACGAAUUGGUCGAAUCAGAAGACCAUGUGGAGGUGAACGGCGUCGUGUUCAACAAGCCGUUUGUGGAGAAGCCAGUGUCUGCGGAAGAUCACAACAUAUACAUUUAUUACCCGACGUCUGCCGGCGGAGGAAGCCAGCGGUUAUUUAGAAAGAUAGGAAGUCGUAGCAGUAUUUACUCUCCCGAAUCUCGAGUUAGGAAAACAGGUUCCUUUAUUUAUGAAGAUUUUAUGCCUACUGAUGGAACAGAUGUAAAAGUGUACACAGUAGGCCCUGACUACGCGCACGCAGAAGCGCGAAAGAGUCCAGCUUUGGACGGGAAGGUCGAACGGGAUUCCGAGGGCAAAGAGAUCAGAUACCCAGUGAUUCUCUCCAACCAAGAGAAGUUGAUAUCGAGAAAGGUGUGCUUGGCGUUCAAGCAGACAGUUUGCGGAUUCGAUUUGUUGAGAGCGAACGGCAAGUCUUUUGUGUGCGACGUCAACGGUUUUUCGUUCGUGAAGAACUCGAACAAGUACUACGAUGACUGCGCGAAGAUUCUCGGGAAUAUGAUCCUUAGGGAGCUGGCGCCAACGCUGCAUAUCCCUUGGUCGGUGCCGUUUCAGUUGGACGACCCGCCGAUAGUGCCUACCACCUUUGGCAAGAUGAUGGAGCUGCGAUGCGUGGUAGCCGUCAUCAGGCACGGCGAUAGGACGCCAAAACAGAAGAUGAAGGUGGAAGUUCGACACCCGAGAUUCUUUGAGAUUUUUGAAAAGUAUGAAGGCUUCAAGCGUGGUCAUGUGAAGCUAAAGAAGCCGAAGCAACUGCAAGAGAUAUUGGACAUCGCUCGGGCUCUAUUAGCCGAUAUACAUACGCGCCAUGCUGACCCUGAGAUUGAGGAGAAGCAAGGCAAACUCGAGCAACUCAAAAGCGUACUUGAAAUGUACGGUCACUUCUCGGGCAUCAACCGCAAGGUGCAGAUGAAGUACCAGCCCCGCGGGCGCCCGCGUGGCUCCAGCUCCGACGACGUAGGCUGCGCGGGCGACCCGUCUCUGGUUCUGAUCCUGAAGUGGGGCGGCGAGCUGACGCCGGCCGGCCGCAUCCAGGCCGAGGAGCUGGGCCGCAUGUUCCGCUGCAUGUAUCCAGGCGGCCAGGGGCGCCACAUCCCAGGCGAAGGCGGCACCCAAGGCCUCGGUCUGCUCAGACUACAUUCAACGUUCCGUCACGACCUCAAGAUCUACGCGUCAGAUGAAGGUCGCGUACAGAUGACUGCUGCAGCCUUCGCCAAAGGGCUGUUGGCGUUGGAGGGCGAGCUCACGCCUAUACUGGUGCAGAUGGUCAAGUCAGCUAACACGAAUGGGCUACUGGAUAACGAUUGUGAUUCUUCUAAGGUGCAGAAUAUGGCCAAAGCUCGUCUCCACGAGGUCAUGCAAGUAGACCGGGAGUUCACGGAACAAGACCGCGCGCGUAUCAACCCUUGCGAGUCGCUCAGUAUCGCGGCGGCGGCCGACUUCGUCAAGAACCCGGCGCGGUGCUGCGCUCACGUCCACACGCUUAUACAGAGCCUCGUGCGCAUCGUGCUGGUCAAGAAGGACGACCCCAAGACCAAGGACUCAAUCCUCUACCACGGCGAGACGUGGGAGCUGAUGGGGCGUCGUUGGGGCAAGAUCGAGAAGGACUUCUGUACUAAGAACAAGACGUACGACAUCUCCAAGAUCCCAGACAUCUACGACUGCAUCAAGUACGAUCUGCAGCACAACCAACACACGUUACAGUUUGACCAGGCGGAAGAGCUGUAUAUGUAUGCCAAGUACUUGGCUGAUAUCGUUAUACCGCAGGAAUACGGUCUAACAAUGCAAGAGAAGCUGACAAUCGGCCAAGGCAUUUGCACGCCUCUUCUGAAGAAGAUACGCGCGGAUUUGCAGAGGAACAUCGAGGAGUCUGGAGAGGAGACCGUCAACAGAUUGAACCCCAGGUACAGCCACGGCGUGUCCAGCCCCGGCCGCCACGUGCGCACGCGCCUUUACUUCACCAGCGAGUCCCACGUGCACUCGCUGCUCACCGUGCUGCGCUUCGGCGGGCUGCUGGACGUUCUAAAAGAUGAGCAAUGGCGUCGCGCGAUGGAGUACGUGUCUAUGGUUUCCGAGCUCAACUACAUGUCGCAGAUCGUCGUUAUGUUGUAUGAAGACCCCACGAAAGAUCCUUGCUCAGAAGAAAGGUUUCACGUGGAGCUGCACUUCAGCCCGGGCGUGAACUGCUGCGUGCAGAAGAACCUGCCGCCCGGGCCCGGCUUCCGCCCGCACAGCCGCAACCACUCCACCACCAACAACUCGAGCUCAUCAGACGAAGUCAAAUGUAUAGAAGAAGAAAGCGAAGAUGACCAAAUGGCAAGCCAGGAGACCUUACAGCCAGACAAUCCUGACGAGCUGGACAGUACAUUUUCACCCAAGAAGGUUUCCAAGUCGAAAAUAAGGCCUUCGGAUCCUAUACCAAUUUGCAAUCUGCACUACACGGUGAGCGGUCACGAGGCGUCGACGUUAGCGGCGCGGCUGACUGCCGAGUUGCGCGCGCGCACGCACCCGCACGACGCGCUUCCACAUGCACAGAGUGAAGAAAAGGAGCCGAAAGAAGUAGAAGAACCGCAGCCUCGGGCUCGGAGCUACGACCAGCACAAGCAGAGCCACGACAACGGGCGGCGCCAGCGGCACAGCAUCGCCGGCCAGAUGAGCUACCUGAAGAUGCUGGGGCUGGGCGCGCGCGGCAAGCUGUCGGGCGCCGCCGGGCUCUUCAGCACCGCCGUCAUCUCUGGCUCCAGCUCCGCGCCCAACCUGCGCGUCAUGAUCCCCUCCGCCGCCGCCACCAACAUCGCGGCACUCGAGGGCUUCGGCGGCGUGCCGGCGAUCCGUCCGCUGGAGACGCUACACAACGCGCUGUCGCUGCGGCAGCUCGACGCCUUCCUGGAGCGCGUCACCGCCGCGCCUGUGCUGCCGCCGCCGCCGCCCAAGCGGCCCUCGCCCACCAACAGCGUAGGGUGGAGUGGUCCGUCUUCACUGAUGUCGUCAUCAGGCGAGCUACCGAGCGGGCUGUCGUCCGCCGGGCCCUCCUCUCCCAACUCUACCUACGCGCCCUCUGACCAGAAGAACAAUUCCGACAGUAGCAAUUGGAGUAAAAAUGUGUCCGGCAAGCUCCCCCAGUGGGACGGCGAGGCCGCCACACUGUGCCUCGACGCCGCCCCGCUCGCGCCGCGCUCCAAUCCACCAGGUUCGUCUAUUAGCGGGGACGUGACGCCGGUGUCGCUGGCGUCGGAGCUGGACUUCAACAGCAACGAGGCCACCGCCGGCUCCAUCACUGAUCACGAUCUGUUGAGCGCUGAGGGCGAGGACGACGAGGAAACUUUAUCUGUGGAUCCCAACGAAGCUCCGCUAAAGUUGAUCAAGAACGACCUCAGUCCGCUAAAGUUCAUUGCACCAGAGCCUCCUACGGCUGGUUGCAGCCGCACUCCAGACUUCUACGGCCUCAAUGCGCACCAGACCAAGGAAACCUUCCACAAAGACAUGCCGUCCAGCAGCAAGAACUACAACCUAGAGACCGACGUCAAAAACAAAUGCUCCAAAACCGACGUGUGCACAGAGCCAUCGACGCAAAGCAAUAACGAUGGCGCCAAUAAGAAAAACGACACACUCAACAAUGGAAGUAGAAGAUAUAGCGACAGUAGCGCACACAAAAGUAACAUUAGUUCGCAAGCGGUGGUCGCGGGCAGUAGGUUCACGACCACUUUAGUUACGGAAGAUACUUUGAAAGCGGGUACGUCGAGUAAGUCUAACAGUAAUUUGCCUAACCUAGCAGAAGUCGAGCCAGCCGAGCCGCUGCUCACCAAAGCCAAUAACGUCACAGUCAAGGCUGGCUUCAAUAUUGAGGAUUCAUAAACUUUUCGCAAUUAGAUACUCUGGGUAGUGAGAGUUUAUACAGCAAAGCUGUAUGAAGGAUUUUGAUAAUGAAAUUUUUUACAACAAUCUCAUUUAUUGGCGAAUAUAAUCUAACUAAAAAUAGUGUUUUAUUAUAGAAACAUAAAUUAGUGGAAUAUUUAUUGAAGCUUAUUGAAGGAUUCUAACAGUAUGAAAUCAAACAAAAGUAUUUUAACAAAGUAAACAUUUUCAGAUUGUGAACACCGACCAGAGCCAACAGAAGCUUAGUAACGCAAUAUGCAAUCAAAUGCUUUUAGGAUGCAAAUCAUAUCAGUGUUUCUCAAAACACAACUCUUAUGUCAUAUACUUUGUAAAAUUAGUAUAAGGAUUUGAAAAAUAAAAUGUAUUCUUCAUAA